AUGCAGCUCGCUCUCAACCCACUGGCCUCCCGCCAAGUGGCAGUCAUCGGCGCCGGCGCCGGCGGCCUGGUCGCAGCACGUGAGCUCUGGCGAGAAGGCCACAAAGUCGUGGUCUUUGAGCGAGGAGACCAAGUGGGUGGCACGUGGGUCUACACUCCGAAGGUAGAAUCUGACCCACUUGGGCUCCACCCGGAUCGGACCACGGUCCACUCGAGCAUGUACCAGUCGCUCCGGACGAACCUCCCGAGAGAGUCCAUGGGUUUCAGGGACUACCCAUUUGUGGCCAAAGAAGAAGACGAAGAGAGAGACCCGAGAAGGUUUCCGGGUCACAGAGAGGUGUUGAGGUAUUUGAAGGACUUUGCGAGCGAGUUUGGGAUAUCUGAGAUUGUGAGGUUCGAGACGGAGGUGAUGGUUGUGGAUUCGGUGGGGGGUGGCAAGUGGAAGGUUAAGUCUAAGAGCAAGGGAGGUGAUGGUGUGCAUGAUGAGAUUUAUGAUGCUGUUGUUGUCUGUAAUGGGCAUUAUACUGAGCCUCGUAUUGCUGAAAUCCCAGGCAUCAAUACAUGGAAAGGGAAGCAAAUCCACAGCCACAAUUAUCGUACCCCUGAGCCAUUUCGAGAUCAGGUAGUAAUUUUGAUAGGGAGCGCCACUAGUGCUAUUGAUAUUUCGCGAGACAUAGCUGGAGUUGCAAAAGAAGUCCACGUUGCAUCUAGAUCUGUUGCUGAUGAAACCAUUGAAAAGCAGCCGGUCUAUAAUAACAUGUGGCUUCAUUCUAUGAUCAAAAGUGUCCAGGAAGAUGGUAGUGUUGUAUUCCGAAAUGGGAGUGUUGUCCUUGCGGAUGUCAUUCUUCACUGCACAGGGUACAAGUAUCAUUUCCCUUUUCUUGAAACCAAUGGCAUUGUGACUGUAGAUGACAACCGUGUGGGGCCACUGUACAAGCAUGUCUUCCCGCCAGCAUUGGCUCCUUCACUUUCCUUUGUUGGGUUACCAUGGAAGGUUGUUCCUUUCCCACAGUUUGAACUUCAGAGCAAAUGGAUAGCAGGUCUUUUGUCUAAUUGA